CCGUUCAACCGAAUCGAACUGUCACUGGUGAAGAUCAUGGCCAUGAUGCUGGGUGACUUCGACUUCGUUGGGCUCUUCCACAGUCAGGACUACCUAGGUACUGAGAACACUCUAGAUGUUGACGAGGAUGAUUUCUUCCUCACAUCGGUCUUCUACAAGGCUAUCACCUACCUCAUGUUCGCAGUCUUCGUGGCUGUCAUGUCCAUCAUUGUGGUCAACCUGUUGAUUGGUCUAGCUGUGUAUGACGUACAUGAGAUCAGACGAAAGGCCAAGUUUUAUCGUCUUGCUAUGCGGGUGGAGGCCAUCAUGGAGGUGCAGCAGUAUCUUCCAGUCUGCAUCUGGAGGCAGGUGAUGCGAUCCAAGAAGCGGUUCUACCCUAACAACGGAUGCUGCCCCAGGAUGAGGCGAGGAUGCAGUGUGCUCACUGGAGACAGGAGGGUAAUCAAAGAAGCGAUCAUGGUCUGCGAGAGGACAGCUUCAGAGGGAGGAACAUUCAAGGAGCGACUUCCUAAUGAUGAAUUCUACACCGGCAUGAAGCAGCGACUGGAAUCUAUUGAUGGAAAGAUGACGACGUCGAGCGGCCGAACGGGUGGCGAACACCCGAAGAGAGACGAAGAGAUCCGAAGUAUUCGCGAUCGCUUCGACCGAAUGGAGAGAAAGAUCGACGCCCUCCUGGGCCGUAAGAAACUGAAACACGAAGACGAGAUGACACGGGAUGCCUCCAAAUAAUCUAUGUGUUAUAAUAUAAACAGAUUUAUCAGACAAAAUGUUUAAGAUUGCGUCAUCAUGGAGACGAUUAUAGCAGUAAAGAUAAUUAUGGGGUAAGUGCUAUACAGAGAGAUAAAAUUGUAUAAUCAUGCAGAUCGAAAGAAAAAAUAAUGAUAGCGGGUGUAUGAGAUAUUGCAUUCUUACAAAUGGCAAUGAAAAUAAUUUUAGUGUUUAAAAUGUAAAUAAGCACACGUAUAUUUAAAAUAAGUGGUUUAAACUGUAAAAACUAAAAGCUUUGUAUUAUAUAGAUUGCAUGUUUAGAAAACAAGUACCAUUUUAACUUUCUAUGGCCUCUGUUUUUAUUGCCCCCCCCCCCCCUUCUGAAUGAAAUGCAUUAAUCGAUCGAAGUUUGGUACUGUCAAAAUAAUGAAAGACUUGCUUGUUAGGUGCCUUGCCUGUUCCAUACAUUGGCGAUCAAGGCUUUCCCUCUACUUCUAUCUCUGGUUCUUUGUAAUAUGUCGUUACUUCUGUUACCAGUCAGCCCAAUGAACUUAUCCAUUUAGAUGGUGCUCUGUCUCUCUUUGUUUCUCUUUCCCUCAAUUUGUCCUGUAACUAUCUUGUUUUUCUGUGCCUUCUCUUCUCAUAAUAUGCCCAAUAAAUUUAGGUUGUCUUUUCCUUAUGAUGUGAAGGAGGGAUCUAUCGACACAUGCCUUAUGAUAGACAAUAAUACUUAGUAUAUCGGAUAAGAAGGAAAGACGAAAGAUGACUCCAUAAUAUAUUAUAAAGGCUUUGCUUCCUUUCCCCUUACAAAAUCAAGGAUGCGACUCGUAUAUAAAAUGUGCCUACAUGUAUAAUACAAAUUUCUCUUUAACGAAAACAAUGUAAGUUCAUUUAAGAUUAAGUUUUGAAUUGAAGUAUGUACCAUAAUACUAUCGUUUUUUAAAAGUAAGUAAGGUAUUUUCUGAUGAUAGAAUUUGUCUCUUUAUAUUGAUACUACCAAGUGUAUUCGCAUGUAUUAAACGAUAUAUAAAUGAAGAAUAUUAGUAUUUAUCUGCUUAAGUUUUAACCUGUGACCUGAUUACAGUAUAAGGCAUUAUAUAUGUGUGUUCUAUGUUCAACUUGUAUAUCUUUUGCUGCUAUAAAAUCAAAUAAAUAAUACGUAGAGUAGAAA